GGGGCGGCUGGGGCUGCCCGGGGCGGGGCAGCCGCUCCCCCGCCGGCCCCCGCUCGCGCCCCGCUUUCCCCGGGAGCAGCAUGGCGGGGAGCGGAGAGGAAGCGCCAGACUCCGGGCGAGGCGUCGUGAUUUUGGAUGACUGGCCAGGGUAUGACUUGAAUUUAUUCACAUACCCUCAGCACUACUAUGGAGAUUUGGAAUAUGUGCUCAUACCUCAUGGCAUCAUUGUGGACAGAAUUGAACGCCUGGCCAAGGAUAUCAUGAAGGACAUAGGAUACUGUGACAUUAUGGUCCUAUGUGUGCUUAAAGGAGGUUACAAGUUCUGUGCUGAUCUAGUUGAACACCUGAAGAACAUCAGUCGGAAUUCAGAUAAAUUUGUCUCUAUGAAGGUUGACUUCAUCAGACUGAAGAGUUAUAGGAAUGACCAGUCCAUGGGCGAGAUGCAGAUCAUUGGAGGCCAUGACCUGUCGACACUGGCUGGAAAGAAUGUCCUCAUUGUUGAGGAUGUCGUGGGCACGGGGAGAACCAUGAGAGCACUGCUGAGCCGCAUCAAGAAAUACGAGCCCAACAUGAUUAAGGUGGCCAGUUUGCUGGUGAAGAGAACACCUCAGAGACAUGGCUUUCGACCUGACUAUACUGGAUUUGAGAUUCCAGAUUUAUUUGUGGUGGGCUAUGCCCUAGACUACAAUGAAUAUUUCCGAGAUCUGAAUCACAUAUGUGUGAUCAAUGAACAUGGCAAAGAAAAAUAUCGAGUUUAAAGAAGUAUGUUCUCACCAUCGAAGUUCCAGGUAACA